AUGGCGACGCGCGACGACGCGAGCGCGACGUCGGUGUGGGAGGAAAUCACCGCCAUGGCGAGCGAAGACGGCGUCGUGGAUCUCGGUCAGGGAUGGCCGGAUUUCGGCGCGUCGAUCGCCGCGCGCGAGGGCGCGGCGAGGGCGAUGCUGGGGGACGGCGUCAGGGCGAAUCAGUACGCGCCGGUUCGCGGCGACGCGCGAAUGGUCGCGGCGUUGAUUCGGUAUUACGCCGCGACGGGAUUCGAUGUUGGACGGUGUGAGCGCGGAACGGUGGCGCGCGAGGAGUGCGUGGUGGUGACGGCGAGCGCGACGGAGGCGAUUUACGGCGCGUUCCAAGCGGCGACGCGCGGUGGCGGCGACGGGACGUCGAGACGGGAAAUCGUCUUCGUGGAGCCGUUCUUUCCGUGGUAUAAGGCCAUCGCGGACGAUGUAGGGGCAGUUUCUGUGGUCGUUCGCGCGCGCGCGGAAGAUGGGUUUCGCGUCGACGUCGACGCCGUGCGCGCGGCGUGUUCGCGCGAUCGAACGGCGUUGCUCGUCAUGUGCUCUCCGCACAAUCCCACCGGACACGUGAUGACGCAGGACGAGCUUUUGGGCAUAGCGGCGCUGGCCGAGGACUUAGAUUUGACCGUAUUGAGCGACGAAGUGUACGAGCGGUCGGUGUUCGGCGGUCGCGCGUUCACGCGCCUCGCCACCGUGGGCGACAUGAGCGCGCGCACCGUCACGAUUGGUUCGGCGAGCAAGCUUUUAAACUUGACGGGCUGGCGCGUCGGCUGGGCCGUGGGGCCGAAACGUCUCGUCGACCCAAUCAAAUCGGCGCACAGUUUGAUGUCAUACACCGCGCCGAACCCUCUACAGAUUGGCGUCGCCGAGGCGCUCGAGGAGAUUUCGCGAAGCGCCGACGGCGCCGUCUCCAGCGACGAAAACGCCGCCGUCAUGUUCGAAAACGCCAACGCGCUCGAGCGCGCCCUCUCCGACGUCGGCCUCAGCUGUUUCUCUCCUCCGGGCGGAUACUUCUUGGUCUGCGACGUCGGAAAAACCGGUUUUUCCGACAUGGAAUUUUGUCGAGAGCUCGCCGCUCGCGCCAAGGUGUGCGCCGUCCCCAUGUCCGUCUUCUUCCUCCCCUCCCCGACCGGCGACGUCCCGCGCCAUCUCGUUCGUUUCGCCAUCUGCAAAGUCCCAUCCACCGUCCUCGAGGCGUGCGCGCGCAUUCGCGAGCACGCGCCGUACGUAGCGCCGUAG